CAGAUGCGAACCAGAACAAUGGGACCUCCUCUAAGGACACGGCGGUGACAGACUCCAAGCGCACAGUGGACCCGAAGAAUGCCUGGCAGGACGCCCACCCAGCUGACCCUGGGAGCCGCCCCCACUUGGUCCGCCUCUUUUCCCGAGAUGCCCCGGGGAGGGAGGACAACACCUUCAAAGACAGGCCCUCCGAGUCGGAUGAGCUCCAGACCAUCCAAGAAGACAGCACAGCCACUUCCGAGGGCCUGGAUGUGAUGGCGUCACAGAAGAGACCCUCCCAGAGGCACGGAUCCAAGUACCUGGCCUCCGCCAGUACCGUGGACCAUGCCAGGCUCGGCUUCCUCCCCAGGCACAGAGACACGGGCAUCCUCGACUCUCUGGGGCGCUUCUUUGGUGGUGACAGGGGGGUGCCCAAGCGGGGCUCCGGCAAGGUACCCUGGCUAAAGCAGAGCAGGAGCCCUCUGCCCUCUUAUGUGCGCAGCCAGCCUGGGCUCUGCAACAUGUACAAGGACUCACACCACGCGGCAAGAACUACCCACUACGGCUCCCUGCCCCAGAAGCAGCACGGCCGGCCCCAAGACGAAAACCCUGUAGUCCACUUCUUCAAGAACAUUGUGACACCUCGCACACCACCUCCAUCGCAAGCAAAGGGGAGAGGACUGAGCAGAUUUAGCUGGGGGGCCGAAGGGCAGAAGCCAGGAUUUGGCUACGGAGCCAGAGCUUCCGACUAUAAAUCGUCUCACAAGGGACUGAAGGGGAUCGAUGCCCAGGGCACGCUUUCCAAAAUCUUUAAACUGGGAGGAAGAGACAGCCGCUCCGGAUCACCUAUGGCUAGACGCUGAAGCCCACCCUGUCCCUGCAGAACCCUGUCCUCAGCUUCUUAAUUUAACUGCCUAAACUUUAAUACCAUUUGCAUCUCAAUUAUCUAGUUAGAGCAGAUGACCCCACAGCUAAUGCCGGUGGAGUGCGCGCAGUAGGUCAGGCACACAGCAUCCUCCUGGCAGCUGUGGCCAACAGUGAAAUGGAAAACGAAAACAGAAAAUGGGUAAAACUGUCACUUGACAUCUUCCUGAGUAUCCACCCCACUGCUAUCAUGUCCCCAGAUGCACAUCAGUCUCCAUAGGUCCAAGUGCAUGGAUGUCCUCUACCCCUGGACUUCUCUUAGCCUUGACUGUGCACCCUCGAGCUUCCGGUGGGCACUGCCGCCAGGCACAGCGCUGCAGAGACAGAGACAUGCGGGCAGGAAGGACUGUUGUGAUCCAAGCUUCCUUUGGUUUUCUUUUCCUGCCCCUUCUCUCACCUCCUCAAGUAUACUUUAUUUUUCCUAACAGGAUUAGACAGUCAAGGAGUGGCUACUACGCAUGGGAGCUUUUGGCAUGUGAAUGUGGGCCCGGGCAGCUGUGAGUCCAAUGCGGGGCAGCACAAGAGAGGGGGGUGUGCCCCCAGGCCGGGCUGCCCCGCACCCCCUUAGCUGAAUUCGAGCGUGGCAGAGAGAGGAGAAGGCGGCGGGCGUGGGGUGGGUGGUGGCCUCACCCAGGACACGAACGGCCUUGGAAGCAGGUGCUGGAGACACUAUGCGUGUGGCCACUGGGUGUCCCUGUGGCUCCGCACAGGGACAGACAGAGCCACUUCUGUGAACAACCUGUUUCCUAACCAAAGCCCAGGCCAGCAGAGAGUCCAGGCAGAGGGGCACAUCUCUGAGCAGAGCAGCAGUUCUCUGUGGCCUCGCAGUGUCACACUGGUCACUCCUCAAUGCCAGUAUGACCAGUGGCAUGCUCGCACGGCAGCGCACAUUGGCCAACACUAACCCUCGGAGAGAAGAUAACUGUCUCAUCUGCUUGCCUCCUAGAAAUGACCGUCCCUAGAGAAUAGAUUAGGUGUGCACCCAUUCCUGACCCACUGACCCAGCCGCGGCUGGACCUGGGCAGCCGCGUGAAGAGUCAGAAGGAGUUCUUUGAACCACACUCUCUUCUAACCCUGCUGACACCUCCUUGAGCUCUUCCCUCCAUAACGUACUGAUGCCCACCUUUUGAUUUUGGCAUAUAUUUUACAGGCCUUCCAAAGAGCCCCCACACUGGCAUCGCUCCCCCUAGAACGAAGAGCAUAGUGCCAAAAUGCGUCUGUUUAAUCCCAUUCUAAUUCUGAAUGUUUACUGUGGGUUUAAUAUGAUGUCUAUUAAUAUAUAGCCUCGAUGAUGAGAGGGUAAGAAUAAAAAUCAAAAGGAAAAAAAAUUCUGGAAACAAACCUCCACAUUGUUCAACAGGAGCACUCUGCAACUUUGCAGUGAUUGCUGGCUGUGUGAUCUCUAUCCGUGGCUGGCCCCAAACAGCACGUGCUGCGGGGGGGUCCACGGGAAGUACACUGCUCUUGAACAUUGAAAUAAAAUAAUAAAUUUC